AUAAUACCCCCGGAGAUCCAGUUUUCAGCAAUAAUUAUGUUUCAAUCACUCUCCUCGCACACAUUCGGAUUGUGAAAACAAAGGCCACGAUCCGGACAAUGUCGAGUUUGUUACAUGUACUCGUGUGGAUCGAGAUUUAUCGAUACCAGUGAAACCGGGAUUUGUACGAAUUUUUGAGGUUAUGAAUGAAGAUUGUUGAGGGAAAUCAUUCGAAGUGGAAUUGUAAAUAAGCAGAACUAGUGGUGAUCUGUAAAAAUGGCCAUGUUUCGGUUUCGACCCUUUGGGUUGUCUCUUGCACGGUUCUCGACGAUGGAGCUAUCCCCGGAGGAAGUGAAAAUCCGGAAACUCCCGGCGCAGACGAGGCAGGAUCCAAACUUGCUCAUUAACAAGUAUCUUCUAAACAACGAGAAAGUGGAGAGUGACAUGUGGACAAAGAUUCGAGAGGAGUUGGUGUCCAAGAAAGGGAUCUACGUGACUCCUGUGAAUGUUGAUGCAGUCAUAAUGGACAGCUGCUGUGCUAUGGGCCAGCACGGAUCUGCCCUGGACUACUGUGACUACCUAAAGGCACAGAAUCACAAAUUCAAUUUGGCUGCGACAGCGAAAUACUUCAAACUCCUGACAGACAAUAAAAAAUGCUUGAGUGAAAAGGAGAAAGAAGACGUGCUCCAGAUGUACGAUAGCCUCAGGAAGGACUACCCUCUGUUGAAUCCUUCCACAGCGGAGGCGUGUAUCAGGGGUCUCUGCAAGACGGUGAGGUGGAGGGAGUCCUUAGAGUUGCUGCAGAUGAUCGAGGAGCAUGCGAACGUCCGCGGUGAGGUCCUCACGUGCAUCAUCGCCGCGGCUUUUGACAAUAACGAGCCUGAUAUCGCCUGGGAGUUCAUGGCUAAAAUUGGGCCGCGUUUUCGCCCCAGCAAGUCGGUUUACAGAAGCUUCGUGGAGUACUAUGGGAAAGUCUCGACGAGUGCUGAGGAACUGCAGGGCCAUGUCGAGAAACUGUUCGAGACACUGGCUGAGUGGGACAUCUACCCUUGGUUGGAGGUUCUGGAGGAGGUUGGUGGAGCUCUGGGGAAGUAUGGGUGGAGUGGAGAGCAGGCUUCCAUCAACACAACUGGGGUAUGUUCGAGCUGCGGUUAUAUCUUGUCCCAGUUAGAGGUGAAUAAAGAAGAUUUCGACCAUUUAGCCAACUCUUUCCAGUCCCGGGGCAUCAUUGGCAAGGACAUUUAUGACAAAACUGAUCCUAAGGAACUCGCAAGAUUUCAAUUAUUCGUUGAAGAGAGCAAGCCUUAUGAUAUAGUCAUUGAUGGUCUGAACGUAGAGUACGGCCUCUGGAACAAUCACACGCAGAAGGUCACGGGGGAGAAGCUGGCACAGGUAGUGCGUCUCUUCAGGCAACAAGGGAAGAAGGUAGUGGUGAUGGGUCGAAAACACAUGUUGAGAUGGAGGCCUGACUGCAUGAGGUACAUUCAGAACAAUGCGAGAGUCUUUUUUGCCAAUAAUAUUUCGGAGGACGACCCAUACACGAUAAUGGCAGCCCUAAGUGGUGGAUUAAAGACAUACAUACUCAGCAGAGAUCUGAUGCGACAGCACAAAUUCGUUUUAUCUGAUCCAUUCCUACAAAAAACCUUCAAACUCUGGCUACUCACCCGUCAAAUUCGUCCCACAAUCAAGGGCCACCUUGCGAACAAGACUGUAUUCUUGAUUUACCCGCCUAAUUAUCUUCCUAUUGCCCAAAAAGAUGACAAUGGAUGGCAUAUCCCCUCUCUAGGGAACCAUCACUUCGCACAGUCUGCGGGUUAUGACCUCUCUCAGCCAUGGUACUGCCUCAGGAAGGAAAGAGUGGCGGUGACGAAGAAACCGCAAAUAAGAUUGGAUCGGUAUGCUAAGAGAUGAAUAAAUUCGUGAUAUUUGUUUUGUGUAA